GCAGCGCGACGACACAUGGGGGUCUUCACCGAGGAGCGAGGAGCGAGGAGGGAGGGGAUGUUUUAAUGGCCGUCAGGAGCUCUACUAAACGCAGAAAGUCCGGAUUAUACUCCACAUUUAGACUCUACUAGCUACAGUAGCGUUUCAGCCGCUUCUCUCUGACAACGAGCGUUUCCUUUGGGACACAUUGGGGCUGGAGAUGUGUGUUUGUGGUGUUGUUUAGACGCACUUUACCCGCUUGAUCAGUGAGCGAGUUAGACAUCAGGCCUCUAGCCGGCUGGCUAACAAACAAGCUACUCAUUGGAGUUGAAAGGUGAAUAUGUAACAUAAAGCAAACCAAUCAUGACAUCCAGAUUCGGUAAGACGUACAACCGCAAGGGAGGGGAGGCUAACUCGAAAUUUGACGAGGUCUUCAACAAUAAGAAGCCCACACUGACCACCAAAUGGGGGGAGACCACCUACAAGGCUCAGUUGGGGGCCAAAAGGCCUAUUUUAAAACCUGACGUUUCUGAGCUUUCCAAGAGGCCCAGGCUUGAGGACAGCGACAGCGAUGAAGACCCAUUUGGGUUUGACAGUGAUGAUGAGUCCAAGACUGUAACCACUCACAGUGUGUCGGAAGUCAAUGAAGGGGCCUUGACAAAGACGACCACAGUGCAGGGUGGUGGGACAGCCACUGUUGUUACUUCUGCACAAGGCGCUGCAAGUUCAACAGCCACAUUCACAACCAAGCAAACAUCUGAAGAGAGGGUUGUUAAAAAUAACCAGUCCUGGUACAAAAGUACAUCAGAUAGCAACCAAAAACCUGCAUGCAAGGCCUCUUUGUCAAACACAGCCCCCUCUGAUGAUCGGAACGCCUCAGCGCCCCAGAGGCCCAUCUCCUCCUCUGCUAAUAAACUGUCCACUGGUGCACCAAGUGGUAGCAGAGACUUCCAAACCUCUUCCUCUUAUGAUGGACUGCCAUCAGAAGAAAUGAGAAGUGCUGAGCAGGAGCCUCCCACAGAGCCUCCACCAGAACCGGUGGACAACAUUCCCGCUUCCCCAUUUACCCUACGGGCCUCAAACUGCAAGAAAUACCUGCGACCCACCAAGCCUGACAAAACGUCCUCUGAACCUGCUGAAAACAACCAGCCCACUGAAAUAGCCAGUGCCCAAGAUAAACCCAACAGCAACCUUUCUGCUAGCGCAAGUAGUACUGCUGCCAAUGCUAAAACAGCAGCCAAGCCCGCAGCCAAGCCCCCAGCCAAGCCCCCAGGAAGGGGCGGCGGGAGGGUACGGGACUACACAGUCCUGCACCCUUCCUGUCUGUCAGUGUGCAACGUCACCAUCCAGGACUCAAUUGAGCGGAGCAUCGAUGAACUGGUCACCCCAGCCGCCCCUGCUGACCUUGGAGAUGCAGGCCAGAUGAAGAAGAAGUCAGACGCUGCCCCACCCAAAUCCACCAGGUACAGACCCACCCAGACAAAGACCAAGAAGACCAAGACUGAGACCAAGCUGGAGUUUUUCGGCUUUGGGGACAAAGAGGACCAGGAGGACGAGGAGGGUACAGAAGGUGGCAUGGCAGGCAAGAGUAGCUACAAGAUCAAGUACUUUGGCUUUGAUGACCUGAGCGAGAGUGACAGCGAUGAGGAGAGUUCUCAGGCCAAAGAGAAGAAGGCCAAGAAGGCGGCUGCGGCCUUAGCUGCUCUGAGUUCCGGUGUGGACAGCCCUCAUACCAGUGACUCUCAGGACAGCCAGGCCAGCAGCAACACAGAUACGCUUGACUUCGCUGAUGACCCCGGUCUUGGCGGCGCUGACGGGCAGAAUAGACGCUCAGGGAAGCCAAGUGACAAAUCCAAGGACACUGGCAGUGGAUUCAAAAAGAUCUUCAGUGGACCCAAAAAGUCCCCUGCUAAAGCCGUGUACAACGCUCGCCACUGGAACCAACCUGAGCCUGAAGAGAUACCUGUGCCUCCACUCUCUCGAUCUCAAACUGCUCCGGCAAUUUUAUCGAGCAGCAGCAAGGACAGCAACUCCCAUAAAGAUGAUGGCUUGUUCAAAGCCCCUCCGCCGCCGCCCAAAGUCAUUAAGUCGGAGACCAUCCCCACACGACUCAACCAGGAUAUUGUCACUGCGCUCAAAUGCAGGAAGGAGCACAAGGAGCUGUACACGGUGGUGCAGCAUGUGAAGCACUUCAACGACGUGGUGGAGUUCGGAGAGAAUCAAGAGUUCACAGAUGAUUUUGAGUACUUGGAGACAGGGCUGAAGAGCAGCCAGCCACUCAACACAAGAUGCCUUAGUAUAAUCAGCCUGGCCACGCGGUGUGCCAUGCCCGGUUUCAGGAUGCACCUGCGGGCUAGAGGGAAAGUGGCCCAGGUCUUCAAAAUGCUCAGUGAUGCUCCACAACACCCGAACCUUGGUCUGUGCACGGCCUCCCUGAUGUACAUCCUGAGUCGGGAUCGUCUCAACAUGGAUCUGGACAGGGCCUGUUUGGAGCUUAUGAUCAAGCUGCUGGAGCUGGACCAGGACUACACGGCCACCCAGGAUCAGCUCACCCCAAAAGAGGUGGAAAAGGUCAAGGAGAAGAUCAGGAAGCUGUGCGAGACCGUGCACAACAAGCACCUCGACUUGGAAAACAUCACGACGGGCCACCUUGCCAUGGAGACAUUGCUCUCUCUGACCUCCAAGAGAGCCGGGGAUUGGUUCAAAGAAGAGCUGCGACUACUGGGCGGUUUGGACCACAUUGUUGACAAAGUGAAAGAGUGUGUGCAGAACCUGAGCCAAGAGGAUGACAAGGAGAACCUCGUAGCAUCUUUAUGGGGGGCUGAGAGGUGUCUGAGAGUACUUGAAAGUGUGACAGUGCAGAACCCAGAAAACCAGGGUUACUUGAUUGCCUACAAAGACUCACAACUCAUUGUCUCCUCUGCCAGAGCUCUGCGGUACUGUGAGGAUAUGAUUCAGCGAUACAGCAGGGCGUUAAACAACAGCUCUCUGUCAUUGUCGGGUGCAACGCUGCCCCACUGCAGCUUCAGUAACGUGGGCAAGGCUGUGGAGGACUGCAUGAGGGCCAUCAUAGGAGUGCUGCUCAACCUUACCCACGACAAUGAGUGGGGAAGCACUAAGACAGGUGAGCAGGAACAGCUUACUGUAACUGCUCUGAAUUGCGUCCUCCGAGUCCCACGCUACAUCCCCCAGGAGCAGCGCUUUGACGUGCGAGUACUGGGUCUGGGUCUACUAAUUAACCUUGUGGAGUAUAGCUCCAGAAACCGCCACUGUCUGGUGGACAUGGAGUACAUAGUCGACGACACCUGUCUGGAAGACAGCCUGAUGCAGCCUGCUGACCCAACACAAUCAGACACAGCGGCGGCAGCGUCAGCACCACCGAGCACAGCUGAGACUCAGGGAGACGGGGCUGUCAAGCCCAAGCCCUCCGGUGCUUUGGCUGCCCUGGUGCAGCUUUUCCUGGAGAGGGAGCGCGCUGCCAUCCUGGCUGAGGCGAAGACUGACGACCUCAUCAGCGAGGCGCCCAAGCCGGCACUGGACCAAAGCGGAGAGUGGAAGGAGACGUCGGGAGAGAUCCAGUGGGUGGCAGCCGAACCCAACGAAAACCAAACCGAGAAGAAAGAGGAGGAGAAGAAAGAGGAGGAGGAUGAAGAGUUGGAUCUAAAUAAAGCUCUGCAGCAUGCAGGCAAGCAUAUGGAGGACAGUAUUGUUGCCUCCUACACCGCUCUGCUGCUGGGCUGCCUCUGCCAGGGAAGCCAGAAAAAUGUGACUACUGUGAGAGAGAAUCUACCUACAGGGGAUUUCUCCAUCAUGACAGAAAUGCUGAAGAAGUUCUUGAGUUUCAUGAACCUCACUUGUGCGAUGGGCACCACAGGACAGAAGUCCAUCACGCGGGUCAUCGACUACCUGGAGCACCUUUAACAGACGGCCAGACAGGGAACUCACACUCUGCACAUUAAAAGGGAUCCGAGGCUAUUCUGGUGCCCUGUACCCGACAGGACUCGCAGCAUUCCUUUGACUUCACCAGAUCACCCAAUGCUGCGAAGAGAACACUCUGAAUUGAAUUGUUUGUUUGCGUGAAGACACAAAUAUAAAAGUUUCACUCCCUCUCCGGAGCACAGCCUGAACCAAAGCCCUGCUAGCCGACAGACGAGCAGAUCCACUCCACUAACAGAGUCAGAUGGAGAUUCAUCCUCAGGUUACUGGGAAUCGGGCAGAGGCUAGGCUAAAGUUUCAAAUUACCCCGUGGAAUGUCGAACACGAAGAUGGACGCAUAGCAGGCCUCUUCUCGAAGGCCGCUGAGGUGGAGUCUCCUGUCCCGCCGCCCUGCUCUCGAUUCCUGGUCACUUAGCUGGAGCGUGAACCUCUGAAUCAAAUUUUCCGGAUCAUUACA